GGCCCCGCCCCUAAGUGACGCAUGCGUGGAGGAUAUGUUCUUCGCAGCAAAGUCCUCCUUUACUCCACACACGCUUCUAAGCCUCGGCACAUCUACUAACUACACUUUAUUCAUCCUCCAUGUCAGCAUCAACUCCACUCGUCUCACUCAACUUUGGACAUUAUUAGGCCCGCUUAGAUUGCUCCUUGUUUGAGCGCGCUAGUUAGCUUAGCAUGCUAGUUAGCUUAGCUUGUUAGCCGCUAACAAAGAGACGCGGAUUUGAUCAACACAUCGCUUAGUUAAGAUCAAGUGUGAGUGUAAAGUGUUGUGAUUGUGUGGAAAUGUGUGAAAGAACCAUAGCAGAGUACGAGGAGGAACUUUGUCCAACUAAAGAGGAGAAGGAGCGACCACAUCAAAAACCUCAAGUUGUGUUACACAGAACAGACGUUCAGCAGCCCCCUCACACUAAAGAGGAAGAGGAGAUACCACAGCCCCCCCCACAUGAAAGAGGAAGAGGAGGAAGUGUGGAUCAGUCAGGAGGGAGAGUGUCCUGUAGGGCAGGAGGAGGCUGAUGUCAGCAAGUUUCCACUGACUGUUGUCUCUGUGAAGACUGAAGAGCAUGAAGACAAACCACCUGAGUCCUCACAGCUUCAUCACAGUCCAAAUGUCGAAGAACAUCUUUUUCGUGAGCAGGAAGAGGAACCACAGCCCCCCCACAUUAAAGAGGAAGUUGAGACGCCACAGACCCAUAAUGUUAAACUGACCCUUCACAUUAAAGGGCAAGCGGAGGACCCACUGAACUUACACAUCAAAAAUAAAGAGGAGGACCCACUGAACCCUCACAUUAAAGAGGAAGAGGAAGACCAAGAUACGCCGCACAUUAAAGAGGAAGAGGAGGACCAAGAGCCGCCGCACAUUAAAGAGGAAGAGGAGGACCAAGAUACGCCGCACAUUAAAGAGGAAGAGGAGGACCAAGAGCCGCCGCACAUUAAAGAGGAAGAGGAGGAAGAGGGCAUCAGUCAGCCUAAAUGGUUGGAGGAGUUCCCAGUGACUGGUGUCCCUGUGAAGAGUGAAGAUGAUGAGGUCAAAGGUGAAAGUGAGGAGAGGGGAGGGGGGGAGCCUCCAAGCAGCAGCUCAACACAACACAUGACAACAGAAGCUGAUGGAGACCACUGUGGAGGAUCACAAGCAGACAAGCUCUUAGCUCCACUAUCAGAUAGUGAGGACACAACGUCACACUCUCCUGACACUGAUGAUGAAGACUCUAAAGAUGAUAAGACAUGUCACACUGACAACACUCACUUCACAUGUUCUCACUGUCACAAAACCUUUAAAUACCAUUGUAGUCUGAAAGUACACAUAAGAUCACACACUGGAGAAAAACCUUUUUCUUGUUCACUCUGUAGUAAAGGUUUUACACAACGUCAGAAUUUGAAAGUACACAUGAGAACACACACUGGUGAAAAACCUUUUUCUUGUUCAACCUGUGGUAAAGGUUUUACACAACGUCAAAAUUUGAAAGUACACAUGAAAACACACACUGGAGAAAAACCUUUUUCCUGUUCGACCUGUGGUAAAGGUUUUACAAAUAGUACAGAUGUGAAAACACACAUGAGAACACACACUAGUGAAAAACCUUUUUCUUGUUCAAUCUGUGGUAAAGGUUUUACAGAAAGUCAGAAUGUGAAAGUACACAUGAGAACACACACUGGUGAAAAAACUUUUCCCUGUUCAAUCUGUGGUAAAGGUUUUACAAGAAGUCAACAUUUGAAAGUACACAUGAGAAUACACACUGGUGAAAAACCUUUUUCUUGUUCAAUCUGUGGUAAAGGUUUUACAGAAAGUAAUAAUUUGAAAAGACACAUGAGAACACACACUGGAGAAAAACCUUUUUCCUGUUCGACCUGUGGUAAAGGUUUUACAAAUAGUACAGAUGUGAAAACACACAUGAGAACACACACUAGUGAAAAACCUUUUUCUUGUUCAAUCUUUGGUAAAGGUUUUACAGAAAGUCAGAAUGUGAAAGUACACAUGAGAACACACACUGGUGAAAAAACUUUUCCCUGUUCAAUCUGUGGUAAAGGUUUUACAAGAAGUCAACAUUUGAAAGUACACAUGAGAACACACACUGGUGAAAAGCCUUUUUUCUGUUCAACCUGUGGUAAAGGUUUUGCACAAAGUCAGGAUGUGAAAAGACACAUGAGAACACACACUGGUGAAAAAGCUUUUUCCUGUUCAACCUGUGGUAAAGGUUUUACACAAAGUCAAAAUAUGAAAGUACACACUAGAACACACACUGGUGAAAAAUCACAUUCCUGUUCAAUCUGCAACAGAAGCUUUUGUGACCGAUCAAACCUUUUAGCACACAUGAGAAGACACCCAGGAGAGAAAGUGUUGAGUUGCAGUGUGUGUGGUGAAAGAUUGUCUUCUAAGUACCAGUGUAAGAAACACAAGUGUGCUGGUGAGAACAGCAGCAGCAAAUGAAACUGCAGGAUUUGAAAUAAACUGUCCAGACUUUCAUUUUGACUUUCUAACAACAUCAGCACAUAUAACAUGUGUGACAUUGUUGUUUGUCUAACAAUCUGUUUAAUAUGAUCUUUACAUUUAUAGAUUGGAUAGUUUGAAAUAUUGAAGUGUGACAUAUUUGUAUUUGUAAUUGUUAAUAAUCCCAUAGAUUAUCACCUUUAUAUGAUAUACAUAUGUACUGGUUCACAUCUGAAACAUCUUCUGGACCACUUCAGGAAGCAUAUUAUUAUUUACUUUAUACAUCAUUUAAACAGUUGUCUUUUAUACAAUUUUAAAAUGUGUGACUUUAUGAAUCAUUUGUUGGGUCUCUGUAAUCCAUUUUAUUAAUCAUCUUUACUACUCUCUUUUGUAAUAUGAUGAUUGUGUUGUGAUUUUUUUAUACUUUAACUUAAUAUGUAUGUACUUGUACGUUUAUGCAAUAAAAAGUGAGAGAAAAUGG